AAAAACCUAAAGAUGGCCAAGGUUUCUUCAAUCUUCAUCCUCUUCUCCCUCUUCCUCCUUUUCACAGGAGGGUUGGAGAGGGUGACGUGUCGUGAGGCGAAGGAUAUAUGCACCAAAGGGUUCGGGCUUUGCACCAAAGACUGCGACAUCAACUGUUGCAAGAACAAAUGCGCAGGUGAGAUCUUAGGUGGUCAGGGCAGCUGCGACUCCAUCGCCAACGUUGUCCUCUGCAAUUGCUACUACCAUUGUUAAGCUCUCAUUCAAAUAUAUAUUUACGGUGUUAUAUUCCGUAUAUAAUAAGACGAUGUUUCUCUUGAUGUUUCCAAUUAUGUGGUUCUCACAAUUAUAUUAUUUAAUAAAA